UUGUGACAGACUUGUGUGUGUGUGUGAGCGUCACGGCCGAAAUCGUAAUUUGUCUUACGAAAAAUGUUAAUUAUUUCCCGAAAAAAGGAAUAUUAAUGCCUCAGGAUGGGAGGUGAUAUUAAAGUGUGCAGGAUAUGCUUUCGGAAUGAUUCGAAAUUUUACCAUUUCGACAAAUUUGACUUGAAGAAAUACUAUGAAGAAGUUACACACAAACCCAUUGCGAAGAAGGACAAGCUGCCCAAGUACUUCUGCUACGAAUGCGCGUCGUUGCUGCACAAGUUUCACAUGUUCAAGGAGAAAUGUGACCACGGAGAGAAGGUCCUCAAUAACAUGUUGUGGAGCAAACCACUCACACACGCCCGAAUCGCCGAGCUAAACAGGAACGUUUACCCUGUCAAUUAUUUAAUGCUGGAAGUUGUGACCGUCAACAAAAAGGUCAAAACGUUCAACUGUCAACAUGGCUCUUCCCACGGCUCCCAGAACAAGCACAGCUCACAACAUAAACAAAACAUACCUAUACCAAAACCGAUCACAGUAACUAUACCUGAAGAGAGAAAAUCCGAUGAGCUAAAAACUGAGGCUCUUAAGGAAGAAGACGCGUUUUCCGAAGGCCCAUAUUCGGACGGGGAGGACAAAAGCGACCCUAUUAUCCCUGAAAAAGUGAAGUCUGAAGAUGAAAUUCCCAUAAAGAAAGAAGACGAAGACGCUAAAGCCAAAACACCAGCUAAAAAAGGCAAACGAAACACUAAACCGAAACAGACUAGCACAAGACCUAGAAGAAAAGCAACUAAAAAAUCUAAAAUCGUCGACACAAGCGACACUGACUCUGACGCUGGUGAAGAAUCAGCUGUCGUGUCGCCUGAACCGAAGAAAAACUACAAGUUUAACAGAUCAAGAACUGGAGUGAAGAGCCUUGCGUUUUUGGACUCUGGUUUCUGGAAGAGAUCCAAUUUCAACGAAGAGGAUGCCAUGAUUGAGUUCCAUAAGAGAGCGCAGGAUAAGAAAUAUUUGAAUGCUCCGUUCAAAUGUACGCUGUGCUAUAAAGGUUUCUCACAGAAGAGCAUGCUUGAUAGGCACAUGCCUCAGAAGCAUGAUGAGUCGAUCGGCAAGGUGGUGUGCCGUUUCUGCAAGAUGCGCUUCAAGCACCAACGCUUCCUGAACAAACACUUGCGGAGACACUACAACAAGUACGAGUGCCUGAGAUGCGGCCUCAUCUGCUGCUUAGAGAAUUCAGCCCUAUUCCACGAGGAAUACCACAGCGGUGUGAAGAGAAAGUGCCCGCACUGUGACAAGGAAUUCAACCAUCUAUCAACAUUCUACACGCACUUACGCACGCACCGCAGCAAGCAUAUGUGUUCGUUGUGCGGCGAGUCAUUCGUCAGCGAGUUCGGCUUGCAUCUACAUCGGAAGGCCAAGCACGCCGGCGUUGGUACUGCUGACAAAGCAGUCGUGAACGUAGAAGACACGAUAUACUGCGAGGUGUGCAAGAUGAACUUCGAAACUAAGGACGCGUACCAAAACCAUCUGGCCCAUUCGGCCAUGCACACGGAAGAGAACAAGUUGCUGGGCGAAUAUCUAAUCCAUGAGAUGUUGGAAGAAGAAGAGAGAAGAGAGGGGAGGUUGCCCGACAAAAAUGAUGCUCCUGUUGGUGGUCUGGUGAACCGGAAAUCGAUGGUGGAGAAGGAAUUAUGCAAAGUCAGAAAGAGCGGCAAGAGUCGCGACUCGCGGAAGACAGCGAAGAAACCGACUACCUGCCAGCAUUGUGGGCAAGCAUUUGUAUCGCUGUCGGCGGCGCUGCGCCACCAUCUAGCCAACCACCGCGGCCGGCCCUUCUACGCAGAACGCGUCGUGUGCGAGGUCUGCGGCGCCUCGCUCGCGGUGGGCAGUGUAGCGGCUCAUAUGAACAAACAUACCCUUAGCAAGAUGUAUACGUGCGACACUUGCGGCCGUUCUUUCACUACCAGCACCGUGCUCAAACAACACAUGGUGACGCACACAGGCGAGCGAAAGUACGUGUGCAGUCUGUGCGGGAAACGGUUCACGCAGAACGGAAGCCUCAGCCUUCACGUCAGGACUUUCCAUCUCAAGCAACCCUACCCCAAGAGAAACAGAAAGACCACCGAGAAAGACGACGACGACGCCAUGGCUAUGUCGGCGGCUUGCUCCAAAGCCUUCGGGCCCAAGUACGUGCCCAGUAUGUACCCAUGGGUGCCUCCUAAGUAGGCAUCACUUAAAACACAAGUGAUAGAUCACCGCUCACAAGCAUCUGGUAUGCAAGGAGGUAUCUAGAAUUCUAGACAUCGUCGCUAGGUACAAAUGUACUGUCAGUAAUCAAUCGACAAUGAAAGAAAUAGAUUUUGAACCGUGCAAUAAGGGAAUAGAGUUCGAAAUACAUUGUAGUACUCAUACAUAUGUACGUCAUGAUUCUACGACCUAAUUAAUGAAAGAUUACCUCAAUUGAUUUUGAAUCUUGCAGUAAAGGAAUAAAGUUCAAAAUAAAAUGAGGGUGCGAGUCAAGAUUCGAUGGCACCCACUUCGAACGAAGUAACAGUAUUUAGCUGCUUUGCCUUCAAUUUACUAAAAUGCCAUUCGAAAUUACUAGAAAAAUGUAAGAGUUUUUAUACUUACAAUGCAAGAUUGCAAUGAUUUAUA